AUGAUAACGUCCAGAAACAGAGUGCAAGCGAUUAAAAGUAAAUUCGAGAAUUUGAACAUCGAAAACGGACCUGUUGUAAGAAAGAAACCUGGCGCGAAACAGCUGUGUAUACAAAACGAGUCGGAAACUGAUAUAAGUUAUAAAGGAAAAAUAACAGAUCGCGAUGAAAUACCACUUAAAGAAAAAAGUAAUAACAUUGAUUCGGACUCUAGCGAAGAUAUAUCGCUUAAACCUAACCACAGCUAUUUGUACAGUGAAGUGAAACGUGCUAAUGGUGAUGUUAAGAAAAUUGUUACAAGGCAAACUAGUGACCCUGGUAAGAAGCUUCAUAGGAGUCACGCUUUCCGUUGUGAUAGGAGUCAGAAAAUCAAUGAUAGCCCUAAAAGACACGGAAGUUGCAAUGGUAGGUCUGAAACAAGUGAUUUUACAUUAAAGAUGGGUGAAAAGAAGCUCAGUAAGGAGAGGUUGAAGCGGCUAGGUAAUUUGUUGGAGGAUCAAAUGAGGAAAGAGAAUUUUAAAGUAAAUAAUAGUAGUGAAGUCCCAGUAGGAGAAAUCCAUGUUGUUAGUACUCCUUGUGAUUCAAUUCCAGAUUCUCAAGUUCCAAAACAUAUUUUGGAUCAGUAUGCCAAAGUUGUGAAGAAGAAAGAUACUGAUAGUAAGCAAGAUGCGAUGACGGAUAGUGGUGUUAGUUCUGAAACAGAAAAUUUGGAGGAGGAAAAGUGCAGUAAAAUAAAAAAACUUGUUUCUCAGUAUGAAAAGCCAAUCAUAACACAAGAUGUGCAUGAAGUUAAACCUAAUUCAGAAAACACAGCUUUGGACCAUACAGAUGAUAAAACUAACUUAGAUUCUAUGAAUGAUCUGUGUGCUUCCAGUGAGACUAUGAAACUUGAACGGAAGAAUCCACACUUAGUAUUAACAGAUACACUUAAGAAAGCACUUAAGCAGCCCUUACCACCUGGUCCUCCACCCAAAAAACCCCCGAGGAUAUUUGCCACUCCUAUAAAAGAAACCAAUUUAGUUCCUACACCUGAAUCUCCUGAAAAAGAAAGAAAAGACACAAAAAAAAUGAUAGAAAAACUUGAAAAGGUCUUACAAAAGAGAGAAGCUCAAAACCAACCCCCGAUUAAACACAUUUAUGAUGUAGCGGAGACAGAUUUAAGUAAGAAGAAGCCAAAAGAGAUACAUUAUUUGUGUACCGAGGUUUUAGAUAUAGCACAAAGGACAUUACUUCCAAAUCAAAAUGUGUUGGAUCCCUUAGCAAACUGUUUUACUUCUUUAAAUUGUGCCAUAGUAACUAACAAUUCUACAUUAAGUUUACCAUAUACAAGACUGAGUACAGGAUCUAAUUUCAAUCAUGACUCUACAAAAGAUUCUUCAUGCAGUAAGAACUGCUCAGAUUGCAGACCUCGUUUGAGCACAUUCUUUGAUGAGAAGCCUCAAAGUCUCUGCACCAAGUGUCAGUCCAAUGAAGGCUUCAAAUGUUACUUAAGUUGUAAGUGUAAAGCAGAUAACGAAAUAAGAGAAAACCAAGAUAAAUUUAAAAGCUACCUUACAAAUAAACAUAAAAUAGAUAGGUUGGAUUUUGCAGUGGACGAGGAACCUAUUUAUGAUGAACCAUUUAUAGAUGUCAGUGCAAAAAAUUCAAAUUUAAAACCAAAAACGAAUGAGUAUGGUACUCUGAGCAGUUGGAGGUAUAAGGAAAAUUGUAGCAAAAGUUUGGAAGACCUAAGGAUCGAAAGGACAGAGGAUAAGAAGAUUUACGAUAUUCCCUGUGAAAUAUCCCGACCCACCACUCCAGACUUCACAAGAUCUGCUACUAAAAUAGACUUUCAAAAACUCCGCCAGAAUUUCGAAAUUGGUUUUCGUGAUAGCGAAGCCAACGGGAACAACAAGAAACCAGAAACUGAAUAUCAUAUACCAAAUUAUAUCAGCGAGGCGAAGAAGAUAUUUGAUAGUGAAAAACCUGCAGUAGUACCAAAAUCGACACUUGUGAAUGCCAAAAAGGUAUGGAAGUCCACGGAAAAUGUGUCCGAGGAAUUUAAAACGGCGAAGAAGACGAUCGAGAAGCAGUUCUGCACGGACCGGAGGUACAGGAAAUUCGAGAAGAGUGAGCGCCGGUCAGGAACCAGGCUCAGCUUACUGAAGAAGGACAAUAGCCAGCUCGAUGUAGAUAGAGAAAAUCUGAACCGUUUGAUGACGGAGAUCUACGAGACGGUAUCAGCCGCCUGCAACAUGGACGAUAACCGGCCGGGCAGCUUCCCCACAGAGAUGUCUGAUAGCAGUACGAGCGAAGAGUCUGUAAAACUAACAAGAAGCUUAACUGAAAAGAGAAAGAACUACGUGCGAAGAGUAUCAUCAAGGGUCGCGUAUUUGGAUCCCAAAAAUGUCAAGAACCUUCGCUUCCGCCAUCAAACGUCCAUUUGCUCCUAUAAAUCGGAAAUAAUAGACAAUCCGUACUCUACGUUCCGUUCAUGGAAAAGCUUCCGAGCGUCGCAAAGUAAUCUGUCGAAGGACAAAAUGGCGGACAUCACAGAUUCGAAAUUCAACCUGACAGAUUCGCGCGGGAACGUGCUGUCAAUGAAAGAUGAUUUGGCGGUUAGCGAUGAUAGCAUAGACAAUCAGAGCAUAGAUGAGAAAACUGGCUGCGUAGAUAUUGGGCUGCCUUUUGAACCUAGAGAGAAGGGCCUAUUUAAUGUCUGCUUAUUGGUCGGUAUGAAUUACAUGACCGGCCAGGCGUACGUGAAGAGCGUUUUUCCGAGUCAGGUGCAGGCACCGCCGCACAUCGAGAACCUGGUGUUCCCGGAGACGCUGUGCGGCGCGCAGUGCGCGGGGGACGCGCAAUCUUCUCAGCGGUAUUCACUCGUACUCACCGACGAGCGCGGGGAACGAAGUUACGGAUAUUGUCGACGAGUGCUACCAGAGGGAGCCACCACUUGUCUUCCGCUCUGCUAUUGUUUAAUAGGGAAAUAUCGAGCGCCCGGUUUCUAUUAUAAGGUAUUACAAGAAAUAGAAUCAUAUCACGGCAACUCGGAGGUAGAAAUAAAUCUACUUCUGCAGCAGCUGUUCGAAAGCGACUUCCCGAAUCCCGGGGAAGAGAUCACGCUGACGUAUCCUCGUAUCAGCGAAGAUCUGACCAAAAACACGAGGAACUCCGUCAACCUCGGAGAGUUAUUGAAAGCAAAGACCCUGCCCGAUACGAAGUACGCAGAUCUCGAUUCAAACGAAAUGAGCAUCGAUUCGAACGCAACGAGUCUGGAUUCGACCGGGACCAGUUUGCAAAGUGUAAGGGGUCUGAUCAAAGUGGAGAGUUUACCGGAGAGCGUGAAGUAUCUACCGGAACUAUACGAUUUGCAAAACAACAACAGUCCAAAGAGGGUAUUGCUGGAUCUGGAAGGACCUAGAAGGAAGACCAUCAAGCGCCCCAUAGAGCCGAGAGUGGACGAGGACAAUUUGUCUAUACUGCUAGAUUCCUUCGGUGCUGGGCUGGUGAUAAAGGUGUUUGGUUCGUUGCUGCUCGAGAGGAAGGUCGUCAUCAUGGGCAAUCAGUUGAGCGUGGUAUCGUCAUGCAUGGAGGCACUUCAGGGCGCCCUCUAUCCGUUCGUGUGGCAGCAACCUCUCAUCUCCACGAUCCCGGCGGAAAUACAGCGAGACGUGCUAGAGGCGCCGCUCCCCAUACUUGCUGGUAUGCUGAAGGCGGAAGGUGACGGUGAUGCUGCCGGGAUUCUGUUCGAAGAGGGAAUGCUGAUAGACCUAACGCAUCCAAACAAAGUUCUCUACUACCAAGGCGACGAGUCCACGAUUCUGCCGACCUCGAGCUACAAAACCCUGAAGACCUCUUUACAAAUGGAGUCGAUAAAGCAGAAGGACAAACAGGACGACACGAAGACGAGGAACGUCAUGAUAUCGGAGGCGUUCUUGAGGUUUUUUGUGGACAUCCUCGGCGACUUCUGGAAGUACUUCGCCGUGCGGGAAGUUAAAGAGGGAGAGAUGGGGAAAAAUGGUGUAGUUUUCGAUAAGGAAGCGUUCGUACGUAAUGCCGCCUCGAAGCAGAAGCAGUACUUCCUGGAGUGGUUCACGGAGAGUGCCAUGUUCAACCACUUCGUGCAGAACAUGGCGGCGUGUUUUCCAGCGCGCCUUCCCAGCGCUGGGCAACUAGUGGACACGCCACUACCAGACUUCUAUGAGUUGUUCCACGAGCGUCUCAGCAGCAGGACCAGUUCGGAACAUAAGUUCACGGACUCCAAGAGCAAUUACAAGAGUGCAGUGAAUAAAAAAGUUAAAAUGUUAAAGACGAAACUUAGAGAGUUGGUGGCUUAG